AUGACAAGCAACAUCUUACUCAACAUCAUUGGCAUGCUGUCGCUUUCCUGCAGGCCCUGUGGGAGCUUUCUGAGCCCUCACUAUUUUGCCCGGUCGUUCCUCAAGGGCUCUUGCAAGCAGCAACGAACAAGCUUGCAGCUUCUCUCGAGAUUUCCGCGCAUUGGCUACUCACAACCCUGGGUCAGAGCGUUUCGCUCCUCCACCUCCACAUUGCACUCUCUUCAGUGCCUCGGGGAGCAGAACGUGGGCCCUGACCUGCCCGUUUGCCUCAUCAGGUGUGUUGAAGGAGAGCCGCACCUGACGGGAAAGCUGAGCAUUGCUGGGAAGGAGAAAGUGUUCCACCGGCUACAGGACGAUGCUUUGGAAACGACCGUUCAACGUCUCGAGAGGAUAGCAAAGGAGGAGCGGAAAAAGGUUCUUGCGCAAGGGUUCAAGAAGCCAAAGAAAGUCAAGGGGAAAGGAAAGGGCAGGAAACGACAGAUGGAAUCGACCGUCGAAGAGCCUGAGGGAGCCAACACGGAACACCUUCCUCCACCAGUGCUCGAGGACAUCGAUGUCUGGGUCGAGGAUUCCCGGGGACAUCGCGUCUCUGAAGACACGAUGAACAAGCUCGCACUGCAAGACCAGUACCUGUUGCAUGUGGGUGAUGAGACGUUCAGAAUGAUCAAGAAUGUCCCCGAGGUGAAUGCUCUGGCCGUGGAGGGGAAGCCCAUGGUUGGUUUCCAGCUGUGCACUGACUCGCAGCUGCUGUUUGCUUCGGAGCAUGCUUCCAGGUGGGAAUGGUACCGGCUGGAGGUGAACGAAGAUGCCCCGGACGAGGAAGGAGGAGAGGGAGAAGAUGUCGAAGGGAAGAUCGAUUCGAAAGUGCUCAUCUCAACAUCGCAGCAUUACACGCCGACGGGAGAGGAUGUGGGAAAGCGGCUGAUGGUGCGAUUGACUCCUGGGCGUGUAGACGAGGCAAGCGGGGCCUUGGUGCAGGGAGAUGCCGAGACUUUUACGAUGAAUCGUGCAGUCCAUCAGGGCCCGGACAUGAGCGUUCAUGAGAAACGAUGGCAGCACUGCAGGGAGUUUGACUUGAAGAAGCCUUCGAAGCUCCGGAUCGUCUCUUACAACAUCCUUGCGGAUAACUAUGCCAACACUCCGUUCGCUGUUGAGAACCUGUACCGUUACUGUGACCAGGAGUACCUCCAGAUCGACUAUCGAAAGCAAGUCUUCAUGUGGGAAAUUCUGCAAUACAACGCAGAGAUCGUUUGUCUGCAAGAAGUCUGUGCAGAUCUGUACGACAAGUACAUCGAGCCGAUGAUGAGGGCAGCUGGCUACACCGGCAUCUACACCAACAAGAUCACCUCCUCGAGGAUUGGCUGCGCCACAUUCUUCAAGUCCGACAGGUUCUCCAUGCGAGGAUUCCCCAUCAUCGCCGAUCUCACAUCUGAGUGGGAGCGGGACGAGGUGCUCAGGUCUUUGUGCUCGGGGUCGUCAGAGUCGGCUCAGAACCUUCAUCGCGCUCUUGUCCGCUCGACGACUGUAGCGCAGAUCAUCACCCUGGAGGCCAAGGUGGACCAGGACACGGAGCAGGGAAGGAGGAGCAGACCGGUUGUGGUGUCCAAUACUCAUCUCUUUGGGAACCCCGACGCUCCCCACGUCCGACUCGUACAGAUGGCGUCGUUGCAGAACAUGCUCAAGAGCCAUUGUGAGAAGUUGGGAGGGGCCAACUGGAGGUCGAUUCCUAUGGUCCUCUGCGGAGACUUCAAUGCUCCCCCGCAGGAGUUCUUGCACAACUUCCUCACCCUGGGUCUGGUGGACAGAGGUCAUGAUGAUUGGGGCAAGGGAAUGAUCUUCAAGUCCCUUGACAGCAGGAAGGAGCGGGAGGCGAACUGGUUUGCAAGAAAGACGAUGAGCACGGAAGAUUACUUGAGGGAGACUAUUUUGAUGUCGCAGCCAGAGGUCUGUGCUGAGCUAGAGCAGCCCUUCGUUUGGCGACAAGCGUGCAAGGACGUGCCAGCAACGUUCUGCACAUCCUUUGCAACUCAAAUAGUGGACUACAUUUACAUCGCAGGAGAUGGUCUAGAUGUGGACUCUUCCUUGGGGAGCGUGCCUGCCUUCACCGAGGAGGAGCUGAAAGCGGACACCGGGCUGCCGUCCGCCUGCUUCCCAUCGGACCACAUCGCCCUGGUGGAAAACCUGUACUGGGAGGAGUCUUAG